AUUGUCUCUUUGGGAUCUCUAGAUAAAUAAAUAAAGAAACAAACAAAGAAACUCACAAGUGUGUGUGUGCGCCCAUUGACCUCACAGCUCACAUACCCGACUUGCAUUCAAGCUUAAGCAACCGUCACUUCCAACCACCGCAUUACAUUCUGUUAGCUCUCUUCUGAUUCAGACAACACACCAACCAGUUUCUCUCUUGUUCUGUUGGAAAAAUUCACAAAUCUCAGUCCUGAUUCAGAAAGUUUCGUGCUUUUUGGAUCCGAUGUUGGUUCAAGAUCGUGCGGUGCCGAAGCCGACGAAGAUCCGACGAUUCGCCGAACCGAAAAACCUAGACUUCACCUCAUGGGUCUCCGAGAACCUCUCAAGAAUCGUCAUCUCCUCCCUCCUCAUCGUCACCGUAGCGUCAUUCUUCUUCCUCUACAACACCACCGACACCGCCUCCCUCCUCUGUUUCCACUCCCAGUCAACUCAAUCCCUCCAACCCCUCGCCCGUCCCCACAUCAAAUGGAGCUCGAUCCAAGUCCUCCCCGACAAAACCUCCCCUUACUCCACCUUCCUCACCGAGAGAUGGAUCGUGGUCUCGGUCACGAACCACCCCACCGAGGAGCUCAAAACCCUGGUGAAGAUCCGAGGCUGGCAGGUUCUAGCCGUCGGAAACUCGAUGACACCUAAAGACUGGAGUCUCAAAGGCUCCAUCUUUCUCUCCCUCGACGCUCAGGCUGAGCUCGGUUACCGCGUUUUAGACCACUUGCCUUACGAUUCCUUCGUGAGGAAGAGCGUUGGUUACCUCUUCGCGAUCCACCACGGUGCUAAGAAGAUCUACGACGCGGAUGAUCGUGUGGAAGUGAUUGGCGGUGAUCUAGGGAAGAGUUUUGACGUGGAGUUGGUUGGUGAAGAUCCGGUUCUGCAGUAUAGUCACGAGGAUCCCAACAGGACUGUGGUGAACCCUUACGUUCAUUUCGGACAGCGUUCGGUUUGGCCUAGAGGUUUGCCGUUAGAGAAUGUAGGGGAGAUUAAUCACGAGGAGUAUUACACCGAGGUGUUCGGUGGCAAGCAGUUUAUACAGCAAGGGGUUUCCAACGGUUUGCCUGAUGUUGAUUCGGUGUUUUACUUCACUAGGAAGACUACUUUUGAAGCCUUUGAUGUUAGGUUCGAUGAGCAUGCUCCCAAAGUGGCUUUGCCUCAGGGUGUGAUGGUGCCUGUUAACUCGUUCAACACGCUUUACCAUUCGGCGGCGUUUUGGGGGUUGAUGCUUCCUGUUUCGGUUAGUUCCAUGGCUUCUGAUGUGAUUAGAGGGUACUGGGGACAGAGGCUGUUGUGGGAGCUUGGUGGUUACGUUGCUGUUUAUCCACCUACCGCUCACCGGUUCGAUAGAGUCGAAGCGUACCCUUUCGCUGAAGAGAAGGAUCUUCACGUCAACGUCGGUCGUUUGAUCAAGUUCUUGCUCGCUUGGAGAUCGGGGAAGCACAGUUUCUUUGAGACGAUACUUGAUCUGAGCUUUGCUAUGGCUGAAGAAGGGUUUUGGACGGAGCAGGAUUUGAAGUUCACUGCUGAUUGGCUUCAGGAUUUGAUUACCGUCGGAUACCAACAGCCUAGGCUGAUGUCGCUGGAACUGGACCGGCCGCGAGCUGCUAUAGGACACGGGGAUAGAAAAGAGUUUGUUCCGAGGAAGCUGCCUUCGGUUCAUCUCGGUGUUGAGGAGACGGGAACGGUGAGCAGUGAGAUAGGGAACUUGAUAAGGUGGAGGAAGAACUUUGGGAACGUUGUUCUUGUUAUGUUUUGUAGUGGUCCCGUUGAACGCACUGCUCUUGAGUGGAGGUUGCUUUACGGCAGAGUGUUCAAGACGGUUGUGAUAUUGUCUUCUCAAAAGAACUCUGAUCUCUAUGUUGAAGAAGCCAAACAAGACCACAUUUACAAGCAUCUACCGAAGAUAUUUGAUCGGUACAGUAGCGCAGAAGGGUUCUUGUUUGUUGAAGAUGAUACAGUCCUCAACUACUGGAAUCUACUUCAAGCUGACAAGACUAAGAUUUGGACUACAGACAAGGUGUCAAAGUCAUGGACAUCAGUGAAACCGACUGGGAAGUCUGAUUGGUUCUCUGUACAAGCAGAGUUAGUGAAGAGAACCGUUAGUACAAUGCCGGCUCAUUUCCAAGUUAACUACAAGGAAGCAGCCAAGAACAAUCAAGAGGCAUUAACGGUAUGCAGCUCAGAGGUGUUCUACGUGCCUAAACGAUAUGUGACCGACUUUACCGAGCUUGUGGAGCUCGUUGGAGAUAUGGACUUGCAUUACAAGGUGGCUGUACCGAUGUUCUUCAUGUCGAUGGAUUCGCCUCAGAACUACGACCCUGUUUUUGGUUCGAUGGUGUAUAAGAGGAAGUCGUCUUCGUUUAACUCUUCUUUGAGUCUGUAUUCUGCUCAAGCACCUGCUGUUCACCCGUGGAGCAUAUCGAGCGAGCAAGAUUUUAUCAAAUUGGUUGGACAAAUGGCUGAAGGCGACCCGUUACUAAUGGAACUAGUAUGAUGAUGACAGAGUCAAGGGAUAGAGAGGUUGCAGUAAUGCAAUGAUAGAAGAAAAAAACAGAGUUAAUACAAAAGAUUUGUCUACUUUUGGUUCUCUUUCUAAUUUUUUUUUUGGAGAAAGUCUUGUAAUGUUCCUUUUGUAACC